GGUAGCCGGCAAAAUAGCCGUCCGCGUAAAGUUUUGUUUGAAACAGCUGUUCUUGGCUAAUCUUUGAAGUCCUUCGCGGGACGAGGACUCCAAGCGUGAACAAGCACGGCUACUUUGUGCACGCCAUGUGAGGCGGAAGUUGGCGCCUAUGAAAUUCGACGAGGUUCGCACCACCAAGAGCGACGGAUUGCGCGGAGUCGCUGACAACGUCCGUAAUCAGCUGCGGCAGCUAACUCGGUCAACACUUGACGCCUGGAGACCUUCGCCUCUUGACGACAGCGACAGGUUUCAGGGCCAUCGUGGUCGACACAGCGCUCUCAAAACAGCCAUGCAAGUCCUGGUGGUCCUUCUUCUGGCGGCUUGCGCUGUUGCCGGUGUGACAGCCCUUGCCACUCGCCAUCGUGUGAAGCAUGAAAUUGCCCCACUCUGCGACAACAACAUCGACCAGCAUGCCCGACUCGAUCGGCUUGUGGACCGGAUUCGUAGCAGGCUGCGGGACGAGGAGCCAUUCCCAUUGCCCACCGACAUUGCUCCCCUACGGCUGUAUGACGGCGUGCUGUGGGGGCUGAGCAACUUUGAACUGCGGCAUCCGCCGCAGUUGGUUUGUGGAAAUGGCUAUGCCAACCUCACCAUGCUCAUCGGUUUGGUGCAGCCACAUGUCCGAUACAGGUGGAACUUCACACCGAUUCCUGGCGUCACUGGGCAGUUCAUUGCACAUGCUGAUCGUGCCACUGUGGACAUAUUUCUUCAGGCGCCCCUUGACUCUCCUAAUGCAAAGGCUUCCAUCAAGUCGCUCAAGGUCACUGAACUCAGUCAGAUUUGGGUCAAAGUUCCCAGUGUCCCCGUGGUGAGCUGGGUGGCCUCACAAAUAGGGAACUUGGGCACAAUGAUCAACCGCAAAAAUCUGAAAAGGUUCCUUCAAGAAAACCUGCGCGCCUCUAUCCAAAAGACCCUCGACAAGGAACCCUUGUAGGUGUAAUGGGCAGGACGAUGGGCAUCGUGCCAGGCUGUUGCUCUGCGCCUGCUUUCAUCUUGAAACUGUCUCCUUGAUUGUGCGAAAAAAAAAAAAAAAAAGUCUCUAACAAGGUGGUCAGUGCAGCUAAUCCAACGGAUCGAAUUGUGUGUACUCAUAGCUUCAAUUUCUCUGUCCAUUUUUUACUUUUCACAUGCAAUUAGUGUCCGUGUGAGCUGUCCUGGCCAUUCAUUUUGCGGAAAAUGUUAAAGUGCAGUUUGAAGUGUGCCCCUAUGUGCAGUAAUUCCUAGGAGUUCGACUGUGGGGUUAUCUUACUAUGCGUGACAUUGCAAUGAAACAAUUGUGCCAUUGACAUUACUUGAGCGAUGUCAGUGCCUCAUACCUUCAGUGCUGUUGUUAAAGGAUGUGGUGAAAUGGCUCACAGACCAAGCUUGUAGUAUUUGUAUCAUCAGCACACAUUGAAAUGCCAACAGGAAAUUACUGAUCAGACGUGUACGCACUCUGUAUCUGCUUUUCAAAGCACGGGGUAGUCCCAAAUGUACGUUGUGGUGUCUGAAUUAGGUCCCUGUAACAAAUGCAGGUGAACCUGGAAAUGAAACAACAUAUUGGAGUAGUUUAAGAAUUGUCUGCAUUUGAAUUUAUGCUGAUACUACCUAUUUUUGUCCUUGUAGCCACUGCAUUAUGAUAGCAUUGUGCAGUUCAAAAACUAAGCAAAUUUAGCUUAUUAGUGAAUGGUUGGAAACAUUUUGACCUUUAUAUUUACUUUUAGAGUGAAUGCUCUACCACGCCAUGUCUCGCAAGGUCAUUCAUCGUGUCGCAAUGACCUUGAGCCGCGGGAGCGCAAGUGUGGCAGGUGCGACGUCGCGUCACGUGAUCCGCUGCGGAAAGGCGUCACAGCUGCGCUCGCUCGAAGCCUCACCCCUGCAGUACCAUGUGACUAGGCGAGGGUUUAAUGGCUGCUUUGCUGGCGCUUGGUUGCUCAGUCUCGCCAUGGAUGGCACACCGGCUGUGCCGUCUAUGCGUGCGCUUCAGCAUGAGUGGCAGGCUGAAUCCAAUCAUCCAGUAGAUAUACCUUUCGCUCGUGAUAACUAGGCUUACAAGAGUUAAACCUCAGCCAAUUUUUCUGCACCAUUGGCCAUGAAAGUUUACAACAGUUAUCUUGAUAGAUGUGAUUACAUGUAUUACAUGAAGUGUUGGUGCUGCUUUGGUAUUGCCACUUUAACGACAUUGACUGUUUUUAGAGAAGCAAUGAGAUUACAUUUUCAGCUAGUUAGUAUAUUUUUUUUUUCUGCGGUAUAUGAAGAAGCAAAUGCUCUAAGCUUAUAAAAAGUACUGGCAAAUGCCAGAGCAGUCCUAAAUAAUUACUGUAAUACUGGUUUCUAUGAACCAGUUCCAGUACUCGGGUGGAGGAUGAGUUGCGACACAGUGGCUGGUAUUGUUGCUGUGAUCGCUGCACGGGGGGGCACCACACGCAAGUACAGCCAGAAGAGGCAUGUGCAGCACUCAUUUUGAGAAACGCCAGAAUAGCUAGCCUCAUUGCUACGCGAAGUCUGCAAGUUUUACUGUAUCGUGUCACCGCAGGCCUGGCAUUUUGUGGGCAGCUUUAGUAUCAAAUAUAAAAUAUUAUCUUAUAAGCAUUUUGCCAUCUCCAUAUUGGCCAUGUAUGCAAAGUUUUGUACAUGUGAGAAACUUGUGGUAGAGUAUCUAGAACUUGGAAAAUAUGUAAGUUCUUCUUUAACAAUGGAGUUCGACAGCAUUGUGAGUGCAUGUGGCAGUGGCCUGUGCUGUAGGCCAUUGGAAAUGAUAAUAAUUACAAAGCAAUAUGCAGUUGUGGCCAAUAUGGAACCUUGAAACUAACUUGUGCUGUCACUCUUGUGAGUGUUAAGGACUUGCUCAAUGAUAUGCAUGCGAUGGACAUUACUUCGUGCUCGUGUUGACAUAACUUGCUACUGCUUGUUUCAGUUCAACAGUAUUGACGAGUCUUCCACUUUUAACAGGACCACAAUACAUAUUGGAUGGUGUCAGGGUCAUGUGCGCAGUUGCGCUGCAUCAAUACUCUUGCCUGUUUCCAUGAUGGAGACCAAUUGCAAUUUUUUUUUAUGAACUGUACAUUUUAUUGCUAGUCUUUGUGUACAAAUGUAUAAGGUCACACAAUAUUGCCUGGUUUAACUUAAUUGUCAUUUAUCCUAUUGUAUAUUGCAAAUGCCAUGGCAGUGUUCUGAACAAAUAAAGUAUUCUACUGCACGGCAA